AUGAAAUUAAUAUCGAAUUUCAUACUCUCACUCGCAUUCUUAUUCAUAUGGGUGCCGUUCACCCAUGCUAAAUCCACUCUAUUUGCCACGUCUUUGGUAACAUGCAUGAAAGACUCGAAAUUAUACGCCAACAGUUUUGAUGUCACUUUUAACCCCAAGGAUAGAUCAUUGCAUUAUGAUUUGACCAUGACCUCGGAAAUUGAUGAUUAUAUCACAGCCCUGGUCGAAGUUUACGCAUAUGGGUUCAAGUUUAUCACCAAGGAAAUCGAUUUAUGUUCCAUUGGUUGGAAACAGUUUUGUCCUUUACAUUCAGGUGAUGUCGAGAUCGAUUCCGUCGAAUAUAUCGAAAAGAAAUAUACUGAUAUGAUUCCAGGCAUUGCUUACCAGGUCCCAGAUAUAGAUGCAUAUGCAAGAUUAAGGCUCUACAACAACGAUUCCGAUUAUUUGGCCUGCAUCGAAGUAUUUGUGAGUAACGGUAAGACUGUUUCACAAAUUGGUGUGAAAUGGGCCACCGCCAUUGUGGCUGGUUUGGGUCUUUUGUUGUCUGCCUGUCUUUCCACCUUUGGUAACUCCGCCGCGGCUUCACAUGUUUCAGCAAACACCAUGUCUCUGUUCCUUUAUUUCCAAUCCGUGGCUGUCGUGUCUAUGCAGCACGUAAGACAUUUACCACCUAUUGCUUCUGCUUGGGCGGAAAAUAUGGCUUGGUCUAUGGGGUUGAUUAGAAUUCAUUUCAUGCAAAAGAUCUUCCGUUGGUAUGUGGAAGCUACAGGUGGGACUCCGACUUUAAAUUUGACCUCCACCAUCACAGCCGUUUUAACUCAAAGGAAAAGAAAAAGAUUGGUCCAAUUAUCUAAUUUUAUCAAGAGAAAUGUUAAAUUGUUCAAAAUCGAUUCGUACUUAAAGAAAAGAAACUUCGGGGAUACUCUUUAUGGUAAUGACUCAGUGCUUAUCUACAGAGGUAUUAGACGUAUGGCUUAUUCCAUGAAUAUCGAAGAUACAUCAGUGGUCUGUACAGGGUUUACCUUCUUUGUGUUGUGUGGGUACGUUCUUGCAGGGUUCAUUAUUGUCUCCAAAGCUUGUAUCGAACUAGCAGUGAAACAGAAAUGGAUCAACCAGUAUAGAUUCCUCACAUUUAGACAAAACUGGAGAUCGGUGUUAAAGGGUUCCUUAUUGAGAUAUAUUUAUAUCGGGUUCACCCAAUUGACCAUUUUAAGUUUCUGGGAAUUCACAGAGAGAGACUCUGCUGCAGUUAUUGUCAUUGCAUGUUUGUUUUUGGUGAUGGCUAUCGGUCUAAUGCUAUGGUCUGCCUACAGAACUACAUAUUUUGCAAGAAAAUCUAUUGAAAUCCACAACAACCCAGCUGCAUUACUAUACGGUGACAAUAAAGUAUUGAACAAGUACGGGUUCUUCUAUACGAUGUUCAAUGCGUCUCAUUAUUGGUGGAACAUUGUGCUUUUAUCCUACAUUGCGGUAAAGGCAUUAUUUAUUGGGUUUUCUCAAGCGUCGGGCCAAACUCAAUCCUUGGCUUGUUGGUUAUUAGAUGUGGCAUAUUGGAUUGCUCUAAUCAUGUAUAAGCCAUAUUUGGAUAAACCUACAAACAUUGUGAAUAUUUUCAUCUCUACCAUCACUGUGGUCAACUCAUUCUUAUUCUUAUUCUUUUCUGGUCUAUUCAAUCAAAACUACGCAUCUGCUGCCAUUAUGGGGUGGGUAUUCUUUAUCAUGAAUGCUGCAGCAUCGUUUAUCCUAUUAAUGAUGAUCAUUGGCUUCACUGUAUUAAUGGUAUUCUCCAAGAACCCAGAUGUCAGAUUCAGACCAGCCAAGGACGAUAGAACCUCAUUCCAAAGAUAUUCCAAGAUGGAAAAUACCGGUGUUUCCAAGAAUGUUGCAAAUGAAUUAUUUGCCCUUGGUGAAGUAGCCAAAGACCAUCAAGAAAACUGGGAAGAUGAAUUGUACGAACAAAGUAGUUCGAGCAAAUCAGAGCCUAAAAAUAUCUUUGCCUCUUCAGACGAUGAAGUUAAUGAAAAACAAAGUGAUGUGGAUCAAAGUCAAACGACAAAUUAUCGCGAAAAGGAUACCACUAUGGAAAAUACAAUCUAUUAUGGUGAUGAAGAAAAUGAUAGUAACGUAUCUGAAACUAAUUCAAAUUCCAAUUCAAAUCCAAAUCGAAACAUGUAUAAUAUUAUGAAUUUCUCAUCCUCAAGAGAUAUGCUAGAUGAUAAACAACAUCCAGGCCAUGUAAGGCAAGAAUCUACUUCAAGAAAUAAACUGAUUGGUGAAUACGAUGAUGACGACGAUCAAUCCUUUGGUUUCGAAAGACCUAUCAAUUUUAACGAUAAUAAUAGCAGUAUAAUUCGUGAUAAGAACAGAUUAUCCAUGAACACAACUAGUACAGAUUCUCCAUCAGGUAUGCCUCCAAGAGAAUUUAGCAUGGACAGUAUGGCUCAAGCUGUAGCAAAUGGAAAUAACGAUGCUUAUACGAAAAGAGCUGAUAUUUUAAAUAAUGAUUUCAUAUAG